GUUGGCAAAGCGUUUGCGCCAAUGUAACCAGUUAAGUUAUGAGUUGGAAAUAGUUUAGAGGUGCUGGUUAUUGAAAUAAAAUUCAGUUACUUAGUGUUUAUUGAAAGCUUUACUACGCGUGGCAUGUAAUAGUUUUCUCAUUUGUGUAACACAAACCAUAUUUUCUUUUUGAAAAAUUGCAAUUUAUGGAGUUUUUUUCGAGAUAUGAAAAAUAAAGAUUUAAAAUGUCGAACAUCAUCAACACCGGAGAAAAUUUUACCAACAUCCCUCCAACGGAAACUCUAGCUCCAUCUACAAACGCACAAUGUUCUACUUAUACAUUUCCGGAACCGACCCGAUCACCUGAAACUAGAGGUCAUCUUCGCAGCGUAAGUCAUGGGGGUAGCAGUUCCGCCGUUGUAGUAGGUCGGUCGGCUAUGAAAGGUGCGCGGGGUCAUCAAAGAGCUCUAUCUCAAGGGCAAAUGUUUGAUUCUAGCGGACCACCUCAUAAACCAGGUCAUAGCAGAGUUGGCUCGAAAACAGAUUUUAUAUUACCUCCUGGACAUAAAGAGUCCGAUGCAACUCCAGCGCCUAGAGGAUCCGUGAAAUCGGGACACUCGAGACAGGCUUCUAGAUCCGAUUCCAUUUACACAUUAAGAAGAUCUGCUCCGCCACCGUUAUGGAGAAGAGUGCUUUGCGCCAUAAUCCGCCGUUCUCCAAAAAACGAAGAUAUCGAAGAACGUUACCGUAUAGUUGUUCCUAAUCACAUAGUGCCCCCAAAAACACCCCGUAAAGAACAUCCGAACGGUCGUAGACCUAAUAAUAGUAUCAGGACUACAAAAUAUACGCUUCUUUCGUUCCUUCCGCGUAAUUUACUCGAACAGUUCCACAGAGUGGCGAAUUUGUAUUUUAUUUUUAUCGUUUUGCUCAAUUGGUUUCCGGCAAUAAAUGCGUUCGGUAAAGAAAUCGCAAUGGUUCCGGUGAUGUUCGUGCUCGGAGUUACAGCCGUUAAAGACUUGUUCGAAGAUCGUAGGAGACAUUCUAGUGAUAAGAGGAUUAAUAAUUCCACAUGUAGAAUAUAUAAUAGUGAAGCCUGUCGGUACAAAAAAGUAUUAUGGAAAGAAGUCAGAGUUGGUGAUUUGAUACAUUUAUCGAACAAUGAAGUUGUCCCAGCCGACAUUUUAUUAUUGCGAUCUAGCGAUACUAGUGGCCUGUGUUACAUCGACACCGGUCACUUGGAUGGUGAAACUAACCUCAAACAAAGACAAGUUGUUAGAGGAUUUGUUGAAAAGCAAAAUUUCUUCGAGCCUAGUAAAUUUAGAAGUACGGUGGAAGUAGAAGCUCCUACGACAAAAAUCUAUAGAUUUCAUGGUGCAAUCGUUCAUCCAGAUGGAAGUAGAGUACCUGUUGGAACUGACAAUUUAUUAUUAAGAGAGUGCCUUUUGAAAAAUACAGAUUUUAUUGAGGGAAUCGUUGUUUAUGCAGGUCAUGAAACUAAAGCAAUGUUAAAUAAUGGGGGUCCCAGAUAUAAGCGAUCUUCAGUAGAGAAGCUAAUGAAUCAAGAUGUGAUUUGGUGUGUGCUUAUAUUAAUUUUAUUAUGCGUAUUAGGAGCAGUCGGAUGUAAAAUUUGGAUCAGUUCCUAUAACGAUUUACAAGCGCCUUACAAAGAAAGUGAUAGUGCUUCGGGAGAAGCUUUCUUAACUUUUUGGACUUUUAUUAUUAUUUUACAGAUUAUGAUUCCUUUAUCAUUAUAUGUAACCUUAGAAAUGUGUAAGAUUAUACAAGUAUAUCAUAUCCAUAAUAAUACUGAUCUCUAUGAUCCCGUCACGGACAAGAGAACUGAAUGUCGUGCCUUAAAUAUAACCGAAGAACUUGGUCAAAUCCAAUAUAUUUUUUCUGACAAAACUGGUACACUAACAGAAAACCGAAUGAUAUUCAGAAGAUGUGCCAUAGCAGGAUUGGAUUAUGAGCAUGUUCUUGAAAAUGAAGGAAAUGGGAGCGGUGAAACAUCAAAUCUAUGUUGUUCUGUUGCUGUGAAUAGUAGACUUAUGUCAGAAUUAGGUGGUAUUUUCACAGAUCAAGUUUCUAUCUCUAAUAACAAUCAUUCUUCUCGGAUUGAAGAAUUCCUAUUAUUGUUAGCAAUUUGUAAUACAGUUGUUUGCGCAAAACAUCCACAUCAUGAUUUAAUGAAUGCAAGCGGUGUCAUCGAGGAUACUUCUUUCGAUAAAUUAGAACAGAACUCCAGCGAGAAUAGUUCCACUAGUACUGUAUCACAAUCUGUAACAUCAAAUGACAAGUACAGUCGCUUGGAAGAAUCGCGUUCAGUAACUCCGUCCCCACCAUUAAAUUCCUAUUUAUUUGAUUCUAAGAGGCAUCAACAUGUUCCUACCCUUUCUCCUAUAGACUCUAUAGAAUCAUCACCUUCGUUUGAAACACCACAGACUGAUGUUACUGUUUCUAAGGCUAAUCGACCUAAAUUGCUCAAUAUACCAUCCAUAAAUUUCCUUAAAAAAGGUACGAAUUUGACUGAUGAACAAAAAGCAAAAUUAAAUGUAUCUGUGACACCAUCACCUUAUGAUCGUAAACCAAUUUUUGAAGCAGAAAGUCCAGAUGAAUUGGCAUUAGUAGAUACUGCCUACAAUUAUGGAAUAAAACUUAUCAAAAGAACUCCGACUUUUGUUAAUAUUGAAACUCCCGAUAAGGGAAAACUGCAUUUUGAAAUUCUGAAUGUACUAUCUUUUGAUUCUGUACGAAAGAGAAUGAGUAUCAUUGUGAAGCAUCCAUUAACAAAACAGAUCAUCAUGUAUACAAAAGGAGCCGAUUCAGCAAUCUUGCCACAAUUAACCCCUGUUGAAGAUGAUUCUGAACAGAAAUUGAUAAUAAAUAGAACACAACAACAUUUAAACAAUUACUCUAGGGAAGGUCUUCGGAUUUUAGUAAUGGCAAAACGUGUUUUGGCUCAACAUCAAUAUGACGAAUGGCAUCGAAAACAUCAAGAAUUAGAACUUAGUUCAGACAAUUUAGAAAGAAAAAUAAGAGACAGUUACUGCAGUAUUGAAACUAAUCUGACUUUAUUGGGAGCUACAGGUAUUGAAGAUAGGCUACAAGAGGGGGUUCCAGAGACUCUUGCAAAUAUAAUUUCAGCAGGAAUAGUAGUGUGGGUGUUAACAGGAGAUAAACCGGAAACGGCAAUCAAUAUAGCUUAUUCAGCAAAAUUAUUUUCUCCUCAAAUGGAACUAUUAAAAAUUAUGGCACGAUCCAAAGAAGCCGCAGAAAGAACUAUUCAUUUUUACUUGGCAGAUAUAGAACGCCAGGAAAAAGAAAGGCAAGAAGACAGUAGGAUACGGCCCUUAAAUAGUAUUGGGUCUUCACAAAUCUCAAAUAAAUCUAAAACUAGAGCUUUGGCUGUUGAUGGAAAAACUUUAACUUUUAUUUUAGACAGGCGAGCAAAUCUUACAAAACCAUUUUUAAAACUGACAACAUACUGUAAUUCAGUAUUGUGUUGUAGAGCCACACCGCUACAGAAAGCUUAUAUUGUUAGGGUAGUUAAAGAAGAAUUUAAAAAAAGGACAUUGGCUAUUGGCGAUGGGGCAAAUGACGUAUCGAUGAUUCAGACUGCCGAUGUUGGCAUUGGCAUAUCAGGUCAAGAAGGUAUGCAAGCUGUAAUGGCUGCAGAUUUUGCAUUACCCAGGUUCAAGUAUUUGGAAAAGUUCUUAUUAGUUCACGGUCAUUGGAGCUAUGAUAGACUUUCGAGAAUGGUUUUAUAUUUUUUUUAUAAAAAUGCUGCAUUUGUGUUCCUCUGUUUUUGGUACCAGAUGUAUUGUGGAUUCUCUGGAACAGUGAUGAUCGAUCAAAUGUAUCUUAUGUUAUAUAAUCUAUUAUUUACUUCAUUACCUCCUUUAGCUAUUGGUGUGUAUGAUCAAGAUGCUCCUCAACAAAUCCUAUUGAAGAAUCCAUAUUUGUAUAGUCGGGGACGUUUAGGAAAAGUGUAUAGGUCAUUUUCAUUUUGGUUAACAAUGUUAGAUGCACUUUUUCAGAGUACGGUUAUAUUUUUUAUAUGUGAAUACGCUUAUGACGAUACAGAUGUGGAUGUAUUUGAAUUUGGGACUGCUGCAACUACUUGCUGUAUGUUUGUCAUGCUUUUCCAUGCUUCCAUCGAAAUGCGUUCCUGGACUAUUAUUCAUGCAGCAUCUAUAGUUUUAUCUAUAGGAGCCUUUUACCUCUAUUCCUUAAUAUACAACACCUACUGUGUCAAUUGUUUUGGAUUGCCUAGCACCUAUUGGACCAUUCAAAUAGCUAUGUCAAGACCUACAUAUUGGUUGGUAACUCUAUUAUCCUGUGUAGUGGCUUUAUUACCAAGAGUUUUGUACAGGGUGAGCCAAACACUUUUUUCACCAGAUGAUAUCAUUCAAGCAUUAAUUUUCGAGCAAAGAGCAACUAGAAGAGGUGAGACGUUUUUGGUAUCUUGGUCAAGGUCAACAUCCUCAUCCUCUAUAUACAGAGCCAGCAAUCCAAGGACUCAGAAUAACCCUUUGACGAUCGUGGGAUGAGGGAUGUGUUCAUGCAAAGUGAUCCUUAUACAAUUAUUUAUAAGACAACAAACUGAAUGCUUACAUUUGAAAGGCUGUGAUUUAUACUUUUUAAGGGACCAACUAAGUUAUUUAUUUUUUUAUUAACUUACCUACCUGUUACUGAUUAGUGCAACAAGUAUAUUUGUGCCAUUUUUGUUUUCUAUUAAUUUUAUCUAUCGAGUUACAUUUCAUAGAGUAUUUAUUAAAAUAGUAUUUUACCAAUA